AUCCCUAGAAUCACCCCUUAAAAAAUCUCCCACCUUAUGUCGAACACCCUGUACAUAUUUAUGCUUUGAAGGGAAAAGAAUAUUUAACGCACACAUUCAUCCUGAACUCUACAAAUGAAAUGUCAGCAAUCAAAAAUAUAUUGGAAUGAAGUUUGCUGUGUGAUAAUAAAUUGAUUUCACACCGUGGAUUAAAUUAAUGGAAGUAAUUUAAAUAGAAUUAAAGACGAAAAAUAUGCUUGGACACGUGAACAGUGCGGCUAGACAAGCUUGGAGAAAUAAGCGCAAAAGAAUGAAGAAUGAAGGUAUUAAACAUUACGUGGAAAUGGAAACUAAAUCAAAAGUAGCGCAAUUAAGACUGGAAUACCACACGAAAAUAUUUGCUUCGAUGUGUCCAGAUGAGAUUCUGGAUCAUUAUGACGAUUAUCAUACCAGGAUGUACUAUACCACUUUAAUGCUUGGUGAUGUAUCAGGCUUUACUGAUCUCGCUGAGAAAUACACGAAAACCGGAAGGGGUGGUCCAUCGAAAUUAACGGAGACUUUGAACAGUUACAUCGGUGCGAUGGUACAGGAGAUACUUUCGCACAACGGAGACGUGUUAAAAUUUUCUGGAGAUGCUUUCAUAGUGAUGUGGAAACUCCACGAAGGGAUGAUGAUGAGGGAUUUAGCGAUCGAAGCGAUGCAAACCGCGUGUAUCAUUCAGAAACACUUUGGAACUUACGAUACGGAUGUUGGAGUCACCCUUAGGGUAAAAUUAGCCAUCGCUUCUGGAAAGACGUACUUCACGUCCAUUGGUGAUCCAGAUUCCAGAUCUCAUUAUAUUAUCACAGGACAACCGGUGUGGGAUGUAAAAUUCGCUGAAGGUCUCUGCAGAGGUGGUGAUAUCCUAGUGGCUCCUAGCAGCUGGCAAUGGGUAAAUCCAAACGAAUACGUUCACGAGAAACUUCCUGACGGUAUACACACCCUUAUUGUAGCAUGUACAAGCAUGUGGUACCAUCCAAGAGACGAGGAAAUACCAAUCGGCAGCACCGAAGAUGAAGACACUGAAAUAUACAGAGAUACACACGACUCCUUAUUGAUGUCCAGAACAACAAUUGAUCCAUUGUCCGAUAUAAUGUUAGCUGGAAACAAGUACAAUAGUCAAAUUUUCAAGCAGGUCGAUUACAGUUUACGACCAAAAGUUGUGAAAAUAGCAAAGGCUCGUUUGAAAGACGCUCUAAGAAGCUAUAUGCUAAGGCCGGUUGUUAGGUCCGUGGAAAUGGACGAGCCGUUAGAAUAUUUGACCGAAAUGAGACAAGUAGUGAUUCUCUUCAUCAACGUAAUCACCUCGAACAUAAGCAAGAGAGCUCUGAUUGCAUUGGUUAAUGCCACCUACAAACUAGUCGGCCAAAUCGUCGGUGAAAUGCACGGAUGCGUGAACAAGACGUCCCUCUUCGACAAGGAUCUAAUGUUCCUCUGCGUCUUCGGUUUGAGAGGCGACAAACACGAGCUGGAGUCUCAGAUUGGUCUCAGAUGUGCGUCAAAGUUACGAAGCAACCUCGUGGAACUCGAUAAUGUUAAAUCAGUCACUGUUGGCGUUACCACCGGGAUGACGUACUGUGGGGUCGUGGGUCACAUCCUGCGAAGAGAAUACACUGUUAUUGGAAUGUCGGUGAACAAGGCUGCAAGACUUAUGGUGGCAUAUCGUGACAAGGUGGUUUGCGAUCGAGAAAGUUUCCUCCAUUCUCACCUGGAAGCGAGGCACUUCAUUCUGCAAGAACCAAGAUACUUGAAGGGAAUCACGAACGUCGGUCCUAUAUACGAGUUUCAAGAGCAGCCAAAAUACACUGUGUCGGAUUUAGUGUGGAACAAGUACCCAUUGCUAGGUCGAGAAACAGAAAUUAAAUUGUUCAGGGCUCUGCUGAUGAAACUAUUGGAAUACUCUGCUCUAGAAAAGAAUGCAGACACUACCAGGCCAGAAUACAACACCCUGAUUAUAAAAGGCGAACCACGAAUAGGUAAGACAAGAAUGCUCGACGAAUUCACCCAAAAUAUUCCAUUGGGAGUUCGCUGCAACUAUAUCUCUCUGCACACGGAAGACGCCAAGGCCCCGUUCAGUCUGGUACACCUAAUAUUCUCAGUGCCACUCGGUUUCACGGUGACAUCAACUCGAAAAGAGCGAGAAGAUAAGUUACUUCUUCGACUAGGAAAAGUGAAACGUCCUCAUUACCUCUGCAUUCUGAAUCAACCGUUCAACGUGCGUUUUUCGAUCAGUCAUCGAUACAAUAUUCUUUCGGAGCCUCAAAGGCAAAAAGUUCUCCGAAAAUUCCUGUUGAAGCUAUUGAAAGGCUGCUUCGACGACCUUUGGAUCAUCAUCGUCGACGAUGCGGAGUAUAGCGAUAACGAGUCCUUACAAGUUUUCGAUGUUCUAACGAAAAAGGACAAGGUGUUAUUCAUACUAAGCGUAGGGAUGAAACUCAGCACGGAAUAUAAGAUGUGUCCUAAUAUUUUAAGCAGAGCAAAGGUCAUUAAUCUGCCUGGAAUAGACAGAUGGUACCAUGCUGGUCUAGCCUGCCAGAUCCUCAAUGUGAGCGGUAUACCAGCAGAGUUAGAAAAACUCAUACAAGAAAGAAGUUUUGGAAAUCCAGGCUGGAUAGAAAGCUACUUGGUGAGUCUACUGCAAGUAGGAGGACUAGAAAUAAUAAAUAUUAGUAAAAAGGAAGCAAAUAUGAAGGGUUACGUGUUACCUCCUGUAACAAUGUUGAAAAGAUUUAUGUCGAAAUUGAGCCACGAUGUUAGAGAAGAUCGAAACGACAGAUGGCAAAUGUACAGAACGAGCUUCAAAGACAGUGUGCUUUCUUUAUUGGAACAAGAUACUAACGGUAUUCAUAAAUCUGCCGCGAAUCUGGAAAGUGAAGAGGGAAUGAUCGCGGUUUGCAAUCUUUCAGAGAAUUUCACUUACGAAGAUGUUAAUCCAGAGAUUACCAUGGAUGUGAUGAUUUUGAAGCUGUUCGAUUCCUUGACUCCUCUCGAUCAACUUCUCUUGAAAUGUGCUUCUGUGAUCGGGGAAACUGUGAAUAGACACAUGCUGGAACAUCUUAUGACCAUCACUUCUAAAAGAGAAAUUGGACUUGCUGUUUUGAAGCUGUUCGAAAUACGAGUGUUUGGAUGCGCAAUCGGAGACUUCUCUAGGAACACAGGACCGAUAAUCUUCAUCAGGAACAUACGAAAUCCUACUUCAGAGAUAGACGUUUUCUGCAACUGCAUUGGCCUUCACAUUCCAGAGGCACUGGAAGAUUUGCCAAGAUACGCCUCUUGUGGAUUGAUGAGGUUCAAAAUGACUAUGUUUCGUGAUACGACUUAUCGAUUACUCACGGAAAAUCAGAAAAUGGAACUACACAAUCAAGCAUUGAAAUAUCUGCAACAGUAUACGAGACGUUGCGUGUCCUGUGGCGAAGGACAAUUUGCGAAACUAUUAGGGAAAGUAUCGAAGAAGGAAGAAAGGAGGAAGAGGACGACCAACAUAGAUGAUAUUUUUGGUACUGUGACAUUCGACGAGAUAGUUGUCGCUGGCGAUGAACGAAAAAAAGAGAAAGCAUUUCUCGCCUGCUUGGACAUAUUUAGAGGCAUGGAAAAGAAGCCUACAGCGACAUUUUCAGACGCGGACUUUGCUGAUUGUCAUUGUCAUUUGAUCCUAAUGACUGUUUACACUCAAAUACUGGAGCACUGUCGUGGAAUUGGAAAUAUUGAAAUGACACUGGUAGCAAUACUGGAGUUUGUUGAAAUUUGUUUACUCUAUAGUAACAUACCUCAAGCAAGAAGACUUCUAUCAGAAGGUGAAACUGUUCUCGGCGAGCUAUUUAAAUCGAAAGAUGAUGAAAUGGUUUUGCUACCUUAUCUCACUUCCAAGAUUCAGACCCUUCAGGGUCGAUGUUUCCUCGAAAGCGGUUCCAUAUUCGAGGCGGAACAUAUCCUCGAAAUGGCCUUAGAAAAUUUGGGAUAUAAGUUUCCCAGGCUCGAGAUAAUGAUCGAUCUAAGUUCAACCGUGCAAUUGAUACAACUUAAAAUGAAUCUUACCUGUACGAAGGAUUGGACGCUGGACAACAAUUAUGUGACAGACAGCUACGACUAUACUGAACAAUUGGCUGAGUGUUUAACGCAGAUGUUUGACCUCUUCAGGAUCAAAGGCAUGAAAAGACACGCUCGUUUAGCGGCGAUUUGGGGCUUGAAUGCGGCCCUCACUUCCAACAAGGAUCUAUUUAUCCUCUGCGCGUCUUACACCAACAUGCUAAUUACAGCGCACAUGUACCAAGAUAGGACUGUGAUCCCAUAUUUGGAACAGAAAAGCAUCAACAUUUGCAACGAAUGCAGAGACGCCCUCGAAGCGCAAGAGUUGAACCUGGUCGCUGAACUUUACGCAGGAAUAUUCUUCUCACGUUGGGUGAGAGGACAAAUAUCAAAAGCCACUCAGAUCGGCUUCAUCUGCAGCAGAAUGGCCAGUACCAUAGGAUCCACAUUCCUGAAACUGUUGAUCCUUCCCCGAUUGGCUCAUCUUCUCAUGAUCUCUUGUCGUCACUCGGAAGUGAUCACCCAAUUGCGUGAAUUGGAAUUUGUAUCUCGUAAUGACCUGGACAAGUCUGGACUUACUUGGUACUACGCACUUUGCGCCGACGUUCAUUUAGACACCGGAUUGACGGUUCUCUCCUUUGAUAGCUGCGAACAAUAUUUUCUUCGAGAGGGUGAACAAAUGAUUAGCUUUCACGAUCCGGAAGCGGAAAGACGGUACUUCACUUCUAUGUGGCUGUGGUGUGUCAGGACUGAACAAUGGGAGGCUGCUAAAGUAUGGAGUGGAAGAAGUGUAGAAAGUGCACCCAUUAUGGAUGAACAUAUAGUAGCAGCAACAAUGACUUCUUGCAAAAAACUUGAAGGUCUACUUGUUCUCUAUGUUCACAAAAUAAAUAGCAGAAAUGUUGAUGCCACCAUCACUAUGAGACAGAUAGAACAUAUGCUGAAAGAAUUGAAGAAAACGGUCAAGAUCGUCCGAAUCAUGAUUCCCAGAUACAUGUUACUGAAAGGAUACUAUUAUAUGAUACAGUUCCGAAAAAAUACAGCGUUAAAGAUGUUGAAACGAUUGAAAAAGGUGUGCCAGAAAAUGGAGAACAAAAUGAUAUACACCUGGGCAAUGCAUUGUGAAAAGGCUUGGUCAGGUAGAAUAUCUCCUGUACAAGAAGAUCUGUGGAAAGAAAUUUCACAAAGUCAAAUGAAAAUCAAAUGGGACGAAAUUAAUGUAAACGAUUCGAACAUGGUAUCCUUUACCUUUCCCCUACCAAAGUAUAGUAAUUGACCAAAAUGUAUAAUAAUAAUAACUAAUUGUAAUUAUAAUGACCUGUCCGUUUUUAUGAAGCUUUAAAAAUAAACAAAUAAAUUAUAGUUUUCAUGGUAAAUUAAAUUGAAGUGCGAAAUAAAUGACGAGUUGAUCUUCAAAUUUUUCUUCUCAUUUACGAAAUAAAAUUCUAGUCCAUAAAUCAGUAAACAUAAAAUAAAUCCACUAUGUCCAUCCAAGCAAAUGGUUCAUGUCAACAGUGUCCACCUUCUUGCAAUGUAAUUCCUGCAGAAAUUUUACAGGGACCACCUGAUAAUUCUUGUACUGUUCAUUAUGCAAUACAUCCUUUUACACCUUAUAGUCCUCCUUAUACUCCUUUUUCUCCUCGAAGUUACACAUAUUGGCACAAUAAAUACCAGCCAUAUACAACAUUACGCAAUGUUUGCAGCGUUACCUGUCCUCCUUAUACAUCUAGUGUGUACAGAUGUUAAACUUAUCAGACAAUGUAAAAUGUAUUGUGUCUGCGUAAACACCUUAAAUACCAUUUUUUUGUAAUUGAAUAAAAUGUGUAAUAAAAA